AUGUGUUCUUCCCAUUCGGAACGGCCUGGUUCAGAUCGCAAUGGGGACCAGUUCCCACUCGCAUCCCCCAAUGUCGAUUCUGCUGAUGAGGAUUCGACCGGCUUCGCCCUCCACGAAGCCCUGGACGACUCUCCAGAAGCCGCGACCGCCAUUCUUCCCCGCGAUCUGCAGCAGAAGACGGCGACGUACGACUAUGCCUAUGAGAAGUCUUUGAGUCACGCCGAGGCCAAGUUGUUUUACCAGCACCAUCAAAUGACCGCCAAGGGAGAUUCCCCCGCCAGUCCCAUCUUCAUGGGACGCUCGCCAGUCGAAUCGGCCGAGGCCAAAUUGACGACAGGAUUAGGCACAAGCCCCUUGCAGCAAAGUCAAGUGGCAUCCUCAGCAGGCUAUGAAUCAGACUGGCAUCUGGGACCGGCCAUGCAGCAUGAUCAAGCCAACGGGUUGCCGCUGCAGAUGCAGAACAGCCAUCUGACCGCAGAGCUGUCCGCACGUAAUCAUGCCAUGCCCAUAGGCGGCACCCACCCAUCUCCCUACGCCUCGCAUCCGACCGCGACCUCUACCGCGGAAGGCAUCCACGGACUGGGCCUGGGGAUGGGGAUGUCGCAAACGGCCGCGGGGUUUGCCCCGGGGGGUGACGCAGUCACGUCGGAGUUGAAUGCGAUUUAUCGUAAGAUCAAAGAUCUUCUCGAGCGACGGUCCAAGUACAUGGCACUGUCACUGCAGAGACCCGAGGACGACCCGAGGAACAAGCCUGAGUGGGAGGUUUAUCCUCCACCGCCGGAACCCGCCUGGCACGAGGGCAAAGAGUAUGAACCCGGUAAUGCGGGUGGGCCAUCUGAUUUGGCAGGAGGCAAGAAGCGCAAGAUGGGCGAGGAUAUCGGCGAAGACUUCGACAUGGCCGCUCUGGAGCCCGUGCCCGGGCCAUGCUCAUGGACCUAUCGACUCGAUGGGAACAGCGUCUACCAAGUCUAUGAGUCGGACGCAGCCGCAAAGGAGGAAAAGCCCGUGGUCCAGAUUCCGUCUCUGCGUGAUUUCUACGUCGACCUGGACGCCGUGGUCGAUGUCUCCACUGACGGCCCAACCAAGAGUUUCGCCUUCAAACGCCUUUCGUAUCUGGAAGGGAAGUUCCAGCUUUACGCCUUGCUGAACGAGUAUCAAGAGAUUGCCGACAGCAAGAAAGUCCCCCACCGAGACUUUUACAACGUGCGAAAGGUUGACACCCACGUGCAUCAUUCAGCGUGCAUGAAUCAGAAACAUCUUCUCCGUUUUAUCAAGAGCAAGAUGCGAAAGUCACCCGAUGAAGUGGUUCUGUAUCGUGACGGAAAGCAUUUGACUCUGCGCGAGGUCUUUGAGAGUAUCAACCUGACCGCGUAUGACUUGAGUAUCGAUACUCUGGAUAUGCAUGCACAUACCGACUCUUUCCACCGGUUUGACAAGUUCAACUUGAAAUAUAAUCCUGUCGGUGAAUCACGCCUGCGUGAGAUCUUUUUGAAGACCGACAACUACAUCAAAGGCCGCUACCUGGCGGAGAUCACUAAGGAGGUGAUCUCUGACUUGGAGUCCAGCAAGUAUCAAAUGGUCGAAUGGCGAAUCUCCAUCUACGGCCGAUCCAUCGAUGAGUGGGAUAAGCUUGCCGCCUGGGUGGUGGAUAACAAGCUAUUUUCUCCCAAUGUUCGCUGGCUGAUCCAGGUCCCUCGCCUGUACGACGUGUACAAAUCCAGCGGCAUGAUGGAGAACUUUGAGCAAGUUAUUACCAACGUUUUCCAACCCUUGUUUGAGGUGACCAGGGAUCCCUCGAGUCACCCCAAACUGCACAUUUUCUUGCAGCGAGUGGUCGGAUUUGAUAGCGUCGACGACGAGAGCAAGCCUGAGCGUCGGUUCUAUCGCAAGUACCCAAUCCCCCGCGACUGGAACACCAAACAGAAUCCUCCCUACAGCUACUGGAUCUACUUCAUGUUUGCCAACAUGGCCUCUCUCAACACAUGGCGACAACGGCGAGGAUUCAACACAUUUGUGCUUCGACCGCAUUGUGGUGAGGCCGGGGAUCCGGAUCAUCUGGCGGUGGGGUUCCUCGGCUGCCACAGCAUCAGUCACGGUAUCUUACUGCGCAAGGUACCUCUUCUCCAGUACCUUUACUAUCUGGAUCAGAUCGGCAUCGCUAUGUCGCCCCUCAGCAACAACGCGCUUUUCUUGACCUACGAUAAGAAUCCCUGUGCCAGUUUCUUUAAACGCGGCCUCAAUGUUUCCUUGUCCACAGAUGAUCCAUUGCAAUUCGCAUUCACUAAGGAACCCUUGAUCGAGGAGUAUUCUGUCGCUGCUCAGAUCUACAAAUUUAGCGCAGUCGAUAUGUGUGAGCUUGCUAAGCACUCCGUCGAUCAAAGUGGAUUCGAGCUCUCUCUCAAGAAGAGAUGGUUGGGCUCAAAGUGUGGUCUUCGUGGCGUGGCUGGCAACAACAUGGCCAAGAGCAAUGUCCCCGAUAUUCGGGAGGCUUUCCGCCAGGAGACUCUCCAGGCAGAAUUGUCCUUGAUCGAGCGGUACUCGAACGGCCCGGCGCCUGAGGAUCAGCAUGCCUUGGCCCCUGGUUUCCUUCAUACUGCCAAUCAGGCGGCGAUCAAGACCAGCUAUUCGCCUUCAUCCAAGAACCUCAGCAAGGCCUGA